AUGAGGCUGUCUUCCUUGCUAUCUCUGGCUACUAAUGUGGCUGCCGUUACUAUAAGUGUAUCAAAAGAUGAGGGAAAAGACGCAUCGCCACUGCAAUACGGGCUAAUGUUCGAAGACAUAAAUUUCUCCGGGGACGGGGGGAUAUACGCGGAGCUCAUACGAAACCGAGCAUUCCAAGGCGACGAGUUCAUGCCAUCGACACUAGAUCCUUGGUCAGCGUUUGGUCCUGCCGACAUUUCGCUUUUCAAUUUGACAACCCCCCUUUCCUCAGCUUUGCCAACAUCUGUCACUGUGAAGGGUAGGGCUAGAGGAGAAAUUGGUAUUUCCAACCCCGGAUACUGGGGGAUAGACGUUUUGCCUCAGACAUACAAGGGUUCCUUCUGGGUAUUUGGCGAUUACCAAGGCGACUUCAAAGCGGCCUUGCGCAGCGCAAGCUCAGGUGAGAUCUUGGCAUCAGUGAAUAUUCCAUCUCAUUCCAACACGCGUGGGUGGACCAAGCAUGAAUUUGCACUUGACUCAGACAUUGCGGCUGGGUACAAAACCAACUUCACAUUGACUUUCGUGGCCGAGAGUAGUCAUCAAGUUUUGAACUUCAACCUCAUAAGUCUGUUCCCACCCACUUAUAAUAACAGAGAGAAUGGGCUGCGUCAAGACUUGAUGCAAUCGCUCAAAGAUCUCAAUCCUAGCUUUAUGCGGAUCCCAGGAGGUAACAAUCUCCAGGGGAAACUGCCUGGAAGUAGGUGGAAGUGGAAUGAGACAAUCGGGGAUCUCAUUGACCGGCCCGGGAGAACUGGUGCUUGGAGGUACCAUAACACAGAUGGGCUUGGCUUAAUUGAAUACAUGUUGUGGUGUCAGGACCUAAAAGUAGAACCUGUGUUGAUACUUUGGGCCGGGCUCUAUCUAGAUGGCACGGUCAUCCCGGAGAAUGAACUCGACUUUUACGUUCAAGAUGCCCUUCACGAGAUUGAGUUUUUAACCGGAGAUGCUUCGACAGAGUAUGGGGCGAAAAGGGUUGCCUUGGGCUACGCAACACCCUUUGAAAUCAACUUCGUGGGCGUCGGAAAUGAGGAUCAUUUCUCAAGUGGAAUGACAUCUUACAACGAAUAUCGAUUUCGAAUGUUUUUCGACGCGAUCAGUGAAAAAUACCCGCAUCUGCAAAUUCUUUCUUCCACGAUCGAACUGGAUCCCAUUCCGAAAGGGGCAGUUUUAGAUUACCACGACUACGGUAACCCAGAUGGAGCUGUGAGAAAUUUCACACUAUUCGACGACCAGGAUGCGAGCAACAAGAUCCUCGUUGGAGAAUAUGGCGUUGCAAGAAACAACGGCAACGAAGUUCUAUGGAAAGAUCAUAGAAAGCGACCAUGGUGGAUUGCCAGUGUAGCAGAAGCUGUUUUCUAUCUGGGCGUUGAACGAAAUCCUGACACAGUUUAUGGGUGUGCUUUUGCGCCCUUGUUGCAAAACAUUGAAUCCUAUCAGUGGAAUCCAAACCUCAUCACGUUCAAUGCGAACACAUCCGCGACUGUCAGAUCAACAAGUUUUCACGUCAUGGAGCUCCUGUCGAACAACAGAUUCACUACCCUUUUACCCGUCGAAAAUUCAGAUGAAUAUGAUCCCGGAUUCUGGGUUGCUGGCCUGAAUGAUGAUCUGAAUACCUACGUUUGGAAAGGUGCCGUGUACAAUACGACGACGGAACAGGAAUUCGAGAUCAACUUUCCCGGAUCACAGCAAGGAGCAGUUGCAGAGCUUACGGUUCUGACUGCGCCAGAUCCUUUCUCUGAGAACAUAUUUGGGGAGCCCGAUCUUGUUGAUACGAGAAGAACCCGACUCGAAGCCGGACAGAAGGGGUUCGCGUUUGUUCUACCUCAGUGGUCUGUGGCCGUUUUGAGUUGGCAAUACAGAUCUACAAAGUAG